AUGGAUCUCGUCGUCGUCGCGUGCGCGAACGGCGGCACUUUAACCGCGUUUCGGUUGAACUGGAACAAACUCUGGACGAAAACCUUAGCGCCCGAGCUCGAAACGCCCACGCGCGCGACGUUUCGCCCGGACGGCAAGGUUCUCGUCGUCGGCUACGCCUCGGGAGCGAUCACGGCGCACGCGACGGAGGACGGGGAGUGUUUGAGGGUGAUUACGGGGCUGGAAGGCUUCGAGCGGGACGCGCGCGACGGCGCGAGCGGGACAGCGGCGGAACGGGAUAAAGGCGGAGAAGGCGGAAGCGAUGGGUGUGGAAUCACGUGCUUACGAUGGAUCGACGCGCGCGAGGGAGCGGUGGUGCGCGACGAGAGUCGAGCGGCGAGGCACGGAUGGAACGGCACGCGCGACGGCGCGCGGGAGAGAGAAGGCGGCGCGAGCGCGAGAUUCACGGGCAAGCGCGAGUCGUGGAACGCCGCCGGGUUGGUGGAUCAUUUUGAAAGUACGGGCAAGUUUAGCGCCCUCGUCGCGGCGAACGCGAACGGGGUGGUCGCGAUGCACGCGUUCGGGAUGUUUCGCGUGGGCUUAUGGCGAGACGCGUUCGCGAAGACAGGCAGCGUCGAGGCGUUGGCGUCGAGAGAUGAUUUUACGAGCGUUGAUGCGAUAGUUCGCGACGCAUCGCGAAGAAAGGCUUCUUUCGCGCGAUUGGACGCGGCGUACAUGGCGGUGCACGUAAGAGAGGUGUAUUUGGUGUCCACGCACGCUGCGCACUUGAAGACGUCACUGGAGCGCGCGAUUAUCGUCGUGCGGGAAGCUAGCGCGAAGUACGAGCAAGGGUACAAACGUCGUCUCGAUGAUCAAUUUAAGCAGUUUACGGACACGUUACUCAUGACAGAGAUGUACGGCGAAGAAAUGGACCUGUACUAUGAACUUCGCGAGCGACUGUUGAUGCUUUUGACGACGGGAACGUUUGACGAAGCGUUGGAGCAUUUCUUUAUGACCACAUUCAAAAUGGCGCACGUCAAGCGAAUGGCGAAAGAUGUAGACGUUGCGUUAACGAUCGUGCACGAGCAUCUCGUGAGCGUGGUCGCUCCUUUGAUGGAUGACAUCAUGCUUCGGCUGAACGCCCUGCUCGGGUUGGCGCGACUCGGUUACGGAUCAGAUGGCGUGGGCAUCGAUGAAUCGCGCGUGGAAGAAGUCAUAAAGAUGUGUGAGCAGUUCACAUUUGCCAUUAUCGACGCCGGGCGCGUGGUGACAAAACGAACGAUGCAACUGCGUGCAUUUUUCGUGUACAUCAUUAGAGCGCAAAUCGUCGCCGAAGACGGCGACGCGCACGGCGCUCAGCUUCCGUCGCCACGUUUGGAUUUAGUAAAAGAGUACUUGGAUUUGGCGUUCAGCAAAAACGGCGUUUCUCAAGAUUGUCUUGACUACGCACUUUCAGUGCGUCAUGACCGUGUGCACACCGGCGACGGAGUAUUCUUGCGCGGCGCGCAGCCUCCUCUCGAAUCCAUGCUACGACUCAACGAUGCCCUUUCGGAUGGCGAGCCGCUUUCGUUGUGUGAAACGCUCACGCGCAUCACACGUGAAGUAAACGGUGUUUUAGAAUCGUCAUGUGAUGUGUUGAGCGCAAAAUGUGCGUGGACGUACGCGGAUGAGGUGCAGGACAACACCGAGCAAUCAGUGUUUUCCAACGCCGAAGCCGUCGAAGCGCACAGAGAAAGUUUCCACGUCGACACUUUGCGAGAUCGCGUGCACAUGUAUCGCGCGUUUGACGAUAAGUGCCUUAGAACCGCAACAGUGACAACGCCGAACGAGCUCAUCGUCGACGCGUGCGCUUACAAGGGCGAUUCCAUCGCGCUCCUCCUCAAGCCCAAGGACGUGAUGGGAGGCGCCAAGGCGCGACUCGUGCUCCUGGAUGAUGGCGCGUUUCAAGCGCUGCCGCGCGAUGGUGCGCUGGUGGAUUUGAACUCCAUACAAAUUCGCGAGCGCGUUUUACCCUGCGUCGAGCCGCUCGCGCCUUUAGCCGUCAGCGCGAACCGCGGCCUGGCGAGCGUUCUCGUCGGCGCUACGCGCGUUCAAGUUUACGAUCUCGAGGACGACGACGAGAGCGAUUCAGACGACGACGACGAAUGA